UCUGUCCCGGAGAACAUGGAAAAUGCCCCGCAUCAUUUGCGUCGCUUUGCAGCUCUUGAUAAUGCGGAAUUAUGAGGAUUUUUAAAGGGGAGAUGAGGCUGUUUUCUGCUUGACUCGUGCCGUCAUUUGACUCUUCCCAGUCGGAGAUGGUGGAUCUUUCUCGGAUUUCCAACGUGGGAAUAUAUAAUUCAAUGAAAUCACCAGCUUGAACUGAACCCACUUUCUUGUCGAGAACCUUUGGACUUCCAAGUGAAGACAGACGGUUCGGUGGUUCUGAGAAGAACAACACACCUGCGCGAUCUCUUUUUUCUAGUUGGCAGUCAGAACUCAGUUUGUUUUCAUGGAGUUUGGGGAUUUGGGGCUGUCUCGAGACAAUAAAUGAAUUUGGAUUUUAGCAGAGGCAGCGAGUUCCAGGUCUGCAUGGGCCCUGUUUAAAGUUUCUUCGUAGGAACUGAGUCUAAGAUGAAGUUAUGGGAUGUUCUGGCCAUGUGUUUGUUGCUCCUGAGCUCUGUUGCUACAAGGCCUCUCUACCGAAAAAGUCAGCCCGCCAAGAGGACUUUUCAGCCCAGCAGCUACAGUGAUUCAGAAUCUCAGUCUGUGGAGGACGAGGAGACCACGUUCCAGCACGCCGACCACAGCCUGCAAGAGCUAUCUAUGGAAGAUCAAUACGACAUGGCUGGGCCCGAUCCGGAGCAGUUUGACGACGUGAUGGAUUUUAUCGAGGCAACAAUCGGCAGACUUAAAAGAUCAUCCGAAACCGGCGGGCGUUCGAAAGGCCGAAGAGAGCAGCGGCAGAGAGGAGCAGCAAACACCAGAGACUCGCGAGGAGAGGCCAGAGGACACGGCCAGAAGAGGCGAAAUCGAGGGAAAGGGGGAGGCAGAGGAGGCAAAGGCAGCCGAGAUGACAGAGGCAGAGAAAGGAUAUCUGUGCAGAGUCGGGGGUGUCUGCUGAAGGAAGUUCACCUCAAUGUCACAGACUUGGGGCUUGGCUAUCAGACUAAAGAGGAGCUUAUCUUCCGGUACUGCAGCGGACCAUGCGUGGAGGCCGAGACCAACUACGACAAGAUCCUCAACAACCUCACUCACAACAAGAAACUGGUCAAGGACAAGCCGUCGCGCACCUGCUGUCGACCCAUCGCGUUUGACGAUGACUUGUCUUUUUUGGACGACAAUGUCGUCUAUCACACACUGAAGAAACAUUCUGCCAGGAAGUGCGGCUGCGUCUGAGCAGGACACCUGACCCGGACAACGAUAACGCACUUGUUCAGGACAGUCAGUCAGUCAGUCGCUCACUGUGUUCCCAACCAAAACACUGCACGGCAAAUGUUUGGCUGUCCAUUGCCCGGUUUUCAAACACAGACUGAAUACUGUUACAUUUCCUCUUCCGCUCUAAGGCAAGACAAGAUUCUGUGCAACUGUUGUAUUGAUAUCUUCUCUUUGAUUUCCAGGUGAUCAGAGACCUUUAAGGAAGGUACUCUUCUGU